UGAUUGCUGUUUGGAUUAGUACAAAGUCACAAACAAAAAGUCUAUUUCCACGUCAGACUGAAACAUAUUCCGGCCAAGCGGCACCCCCUGCCCGCUCGUACGUAUCGUCUCAAUCUCUCCGUCUCCACCUCCCUAAUUCUCGCAAAUCAACCCCAAAUUAGCAAUUGAUAAGGUAGGCAGAUUGAUGGAUUGUUAAUUAUAGAUUGCGAUCGCUAUUUGGAGUUGCGAUGAAUUCUCCUUUUGGAGAUACGACCUACACUAAGGUGUUCGUGGGGGGAUUGGCAUGGGAGACUCAGAGCCACACAUUACGGCGUCACUUUGAUCAAUACGGCGACAUCUUAGAAGCCGUCGUCAUCUCCGACAAGAACACCGGCCGUUCUAAAGGCUACGGUUUUGUCAUCUUUCGUGAUCCUGAUUCAGCUAGGAGGGCUUGUGUUGAUCCUAAUCCUAUCAUUGAUGGUCGCAGGGCUAAUUGUAAUCUUGCCUCUCUUGGCCGUGCUCUUCCUUUCCCUUCCACCCUCCCUCCAUAUGGUGCACAGAGAACGCCAAUUCCUUCUCCUUUUGGAGGUGUGCAAUCCCCUAGAGCUGCCUAUAAUAGAAGUCCUGGCUACCAUCAACCGGUUCCGUACGGUUACCAGCCUGGGUUCUUCUAUCCUCCUUAUGGGAAAUUCAGUUAUUUUCUUUGUUGCAGGUAUGCAACUUAUGGAUCUGAUUAUGUCUAUCCACAGGGUGUGUAUAGUCCUUAUGCCAGUCAACAAUAUAUUCAGGUAUAUGGCAUGCCUGGUACUGUUAAUCCUGGGGCAGGUUCACGUGGACAGUUUGUGCAACCUAAUCCUGGCAUUCGUGGCUAUUCCACUGCACAGAAUUAUGGAAUGCCAGGUCAUCAAAUUGUACAAUUCGGUGGAGUUUCCAAUAGAACAGCUACAGCUAACAUUCCCUCAAAUCAAGCACCACAUCCUUCAGGCAACCUUCUAUUUUUAUUGCCAAGAAUCGGAACCCAAGAUGCUGGACAGGCCCAAAUAAUAAUAUCUGCUAAUUCUCCUCAAUUCACUAGUGGUUCUGAUCAAACAGCCAGUUGAUUGUUUGAGGUACUCCUUUUAUUGCAUAAGAUUAAGGAAAUUAAUACUGAUGGGCUUCAAUUCUGACCUUGGAAGUUGUCAUACUUUCGUUGUUAGGUAUCCAUAAUCAUCAUCACCAUCAUCAUCAAUAGCACAAAAGAAUUGAGGCAGCCUGAAGCAAAAAAAGUAAGGAACAUUCUGAAAGUUGAUCUUUUGUUAGUGUCGGCUUCGAGCCACUGACAGUGCCGUCCGAAGGUUUUUGCCGGGAUACAAAUUCCUGCAAAUGUUGUAAAUAUGUGUAAAUUUGUAAAUCUCACAGCUAAGAGUCAAAAUUUGAUUCUUUAAUUGUCAGGAUACAAGACAUGGGUUCAUGGUCAUUUGAUAGGCUGUGCAUUUCAAGCAGUCUUACACUGUAAAUAUUGUCAUUUUGUCUUCUGUAAAUAUCAUUUAAGACACUUGUACACAAUUGGUGACUUUUUUUAAAAAAAAUUCUGAUAUGCAAUGGAAUGGCGCCUAAUUAAAAAA